CAGAAACGUAGGAAACCCUAACCAUCCUCACGGACCUAACCUUGCUUUCUCCCUCUUUCUUUCUCCGAGUCUCUUCAUCUCAAGGAUCCAGGGUUCACAUUUCACGAAAACGGACUGCUUCAUUGUCCAGGAGAACUGAUCAAAUUAUGGCAUCACCAGCUUGGUUGCCGGUGGAAGUGCAGUCUUCAGCAUCUCAGAAUCCUGUCACUGGUUUACCUGCCGGAGGGCCUUCUGGGGGGCCUCCUACUCCAACUGGAGCCAUUGCUCCUGCUUCAGUUGCUACUAUAUCCACUUCAGAGGGUGCAAGUGGUACUGCAAGUAAUUCAAUUCAAGAAUCUGCUCAAGGAAAAUUUGUUAAUGCACCUCCCCAUGUACCUCCAGGACCCUCAUUCUCAUACAGUGGUAUUCCACAUGUUACCACUGCAUCUGGAACCUCACAGCAGUUACCAUCUGGUUCAGUGAUAAGUUCAAAUCCACUAGCAUCUACAGUGGUCUUUCAAACCCCAGUUCCUGGUCCCUCUUCAUCUUCUGGUCCCUCAUUCUCAUACAACAUUGCACAUAAAGGUGCUGGUUUCCCUGGUAGCCAGCCAUUCCAAUCUAGCACAUCUAUUGCUUCUGGUCCAAGAGGACCCUCACCAAAUGCUGCAAGCUUUUCUUUUAACGGGAACCCUCAAUUGGUGCAGAAAGAUCAAACCUUGAAAUCUGAUAACUCAGGGGCUGUUGCACAAGAAGCUGGUAGUAUGUCUUCUGCUUCUCAUGUCUCUCAGUCUGUUCCAUUUCCUUGCUCAAGUUCUACAAUGUCUGUAUCUUCAUCUCCCAAGAUGGGCCCGACGACUUUAUGGAUGCCCUCUAACCCAUCUUUUCCUGUGCCUUCUGGAAUGCCUGUAACUCCUGGAACACCUGGCCCCCCUGGAAUAGCUCCAUCUACACCAUUAUCCUCCAAUCUGGCUGUCCCAUCUGCAUCCAUGGAUUUCUCUUCUUCUGUGGUUUCAAGAGCUAUUUUUCCGGCUGCUCCUGUUUCGUCAAACCCAGCUAUUCAGCAGCAAAUAUAUCCUUCCUAUUCAUCUUUGCCUGCCACAAAUGCUUCUUCUCAGGGACCAUGGUUGCAGCCCCCACAAAUGGGUGGUUUGCCAAGGCCACCAUUUGUACCUUAUCCUGCUGUCUAUCCCACUCCCUUUCCUUUGCCAGCCCAUGGUUUGCCUCUUCCUUCUGUUCCAUUGCCUGAUUCCCAACCUCCUGGAGUAACUCCAGUGGGAACUGCAGGUGGAACUCCUAUAUCUGCUGCAGUUUCAGGUCAUCACCUGGCAAAUACUUCAGGGAUGCUGUCGGAAUUACCUCCUCCGGGAAUUGAUGACAAUAAGCAUGUCAAUGGUGCUGGAACCAAGGAUGGAGCAGCUGCGAAUGAACAAGUAGAUGCCUGGACUGCCCACAAGACUGACACUGGAGUUGUGUACUACUAUAAUGCUUUAACAGGAGAAUCCACUUAUGAAAAACCCUCUGAUUUUAAGGGAGAGGCUGAUAAAGUUACCGUACAGCCAACUCCAGUUUCAUGGGAAAAGUUGACUGGCACUGAUUGGGCAUUGGUUACCACUAAUGAUGGCAAAAAAUAUUACUACAACACCAAAACCAAGUUAAGCAGCUGGCAAAUCCCAACUGAGUUGACUGAGAUGAGAAGGAAGCAGGACAGUGUUGCUUUAAAAGAACAUGCAAUGUUAGCACCAAAUACCAAUGUGUCAACAGAAAAAGGGCCUUCCCCAAUUGCUUUGAGUGCUCCUGCUGUUACCACUGGUGGACGUGAUGCCACACCUCUUAGAACCUCAGCUGUUCCAGGAUCAGCAUCUGCCCUGGAUAUGAUAAAAAAGAAGUUGCAGGACUCUGGAGCUCCUGCUACUUCUUCACCUGUUCAUUCAUCUGGACCAAUUGCAUCAGAAUUAAAUGGUUCACGACUGAUUGAGCCUACAGUCAAGGGCCUGCAAAGUGAAAACAGCAAAGACAAGCUAAAAGACACUAAUGGGGAUGGUAAUAUGUCUGACUCUUCUUCAGAUUCUGAGGAUGUAGACAGUGGACCCACAAAGGAGGAGUGUAUCAUCCAAUUCAAGGAGAUGCUUAAGGAACGUGGAGUGGCACCUUUUUCAAAAUGGGAGAAAGAACUGCCGAAGAUUGUUUUUGAUCCACGUUUCAAGGCUAUUCCAGGCUAUUCUGCUAGGAGAUCCUUGUUUGAGCACUAUGUUAGAACACGUGCUGAGGAGGAGCGAAAGGAAAAACGAGCAGCUCAGAAGGCUGCAAUUGAGCGCUUCAAGCAGUUGCUGGAAGAAGCAUCAGAGGAUAUUGAUCACAAGACUGACUAUCAAACAUUCAGAAAGAAAUGGGGUGAUGACCCCAGGUUCGAGGCUUUGGACCGCAAGGAUCGGGAACUUCUGUUGAAUGAAAGGGUCCUCCCUCUGAAGAGGGCUGCUGAAGAGAAGGCUCAAGCAAUACGUGCAGCAGCUGUCUCUAGCUUCAAGUCCAUGCUUCGUGACAAAGGAGAUAUAACAAGAAGUACCCGUUGGUCCAGGGUGAAGGAUAGCCUAAGGAAUGACCCCAGAUAUAAAUGUGUUAAACAUGAGGAUAGGGAGAUUUUAUUUAAUGAGUAUAUAUCUGAGUUAAAAGCUGCUGAAGAGGAAGUGGAACGAGAAGCAAAAUCCAAAAAGGAGGAGCAGGAUAAAUUGAAGGAAAGGGAGCGAGAAUUACGGAAACGGAAAGAAAGGGAAGAACAAGAAAUGGAGAGGGUGCGACUGAAAGUGCGCAGAAAAGAGGCGGUAUCAUCUUAUCAAGCCUUACUUGUGGAAACCAUUAAAGACCCUCAGGUAUCUUGGACGGAAUCAAAGCCUAAAUUGGAGAAAGAUCCACAAGCACGUGCAACAAAUUCUGAUCUUGAUCCAUCUGACCUGGAGAAGCUCUUCCGGGAACACAUAAAGAUGCUUCAUGAGCGGCGUGCACACGAAUUUAGAGCUUUGUUGUCUGAAGUCCUAACUGCAGAAGCAGCUACACAGGAGACUGAAGAUGGAAAAACAGUUCUGACAUCAUGGUCGACGGCCAAACGUCUGCUGAGAUCUGAUACCAGGUAUAUAAAGAUGCCAAGAAAAGAUAGGGAAUCAGUAUGGCGCAGAUAUAGCGAGGAGAUGCUGCGGAAGCAAAAAUUGGCGCAGGAUCAAACUGAAGAGAAGCAUACAGAAGUAAAAGGUAGAAGCUCUGUUGAUUCCGGGAGAUUUCCAUCUGGGUCAAGGAGAGCCCAUGAGCGAAGAUGACUUUUUUUUCUCACUUUUUUCCUGUCAGAAAAUAGACUUUACUUUUGCUUACUGAUUAGUUGUUAAUUUAAUUUUUUUUUUUUCACAUUUAGUUUUUCCUUUUCUACCGUAUAUUUUUCUGUUUUUGAUUAUGGGGUUCAAGCUAAUUGAUCUCUGUGAAUGCUGUAAUUUAUAUGUAUCUAAAGUGAUUUUUGUUUAACGUCUUCAUGGGGUAGAAAAGCAAAUGAUAAUGACCAUUAUGGGACACAAAGGAAAGCUGCCUUGAAAGUUAUGUGGUCUC